GACAUGGUCAACGACCCGAAUGGCCCGCGUUACAUCGACGGCCUGUACCACCUCUUCUUCCAGCAUCGACGAUUGCCAUCCUACACGGAGAUCGCGCACGCGACGUCGCCGGAUUUGCUGCACUGGACCAUGGCGCCGCGAGCCGUGCUCGAGCCCGACGAGCUCUACGACGACGCGGGCGUCUGGAGCGGCAACAGCUUCGAGCUCCCCGACGGCCGCGUCGGCAUGGCCUAC